AUGGCUAGACAUCCAAGUUCGCGAUCUGCCUCGCCUGCCCAAAGGCCUGCAAAGAAACCCAAGUUAUCGCACUUGACCUCGGACGACUUCAAAAAUGGCAUCUUCUUGGCACCAAUGGUACGGUCAGGAGCCUUACCGACCCGACUCUUUGCACUGAAGCAUGGCGCAAGCCUCGUUUGGGGACCAGAGAUGGUGGACAAAGCUAUAUUACACGCUGAACGAGUAGCAGAUCCCGUUACGGGCGUCAUAUCGUACAAUGGAAAAUCAAGAGCAAUGUUUACCACACAUCCUAUCGAAAAACCAUACCUCAUCUACCAAAUUGGCUCGUCUGACCCCGAUCUCGCGGUACAAGCAGCCAAAACCGUGAUGAACGACGUCUCAGGCAUCGACCUUAACUGCGGCUGCCCAAAGCCUUUUUCAACACACUCAGGCAUGGGCGCCGCACUUCUCACCAAUCCUGACGUUUUAUGCUCAAUUCUUACUGCCUUGCGUCGCGAGAUGCCCCCGGAAAUCACGGUCUCCGCGAAAAUACGAUUGCUGCCUAGCAGAGAAGAUACCUUGAAACUAGUAGAGCGGAUUGUAAACACGGGGAUCAGUGCGCUGACAGUACAUUGCCGGACAAGAAAUAUGAGGGAUCGGGAACCGGCCAUGGUGGAACGACUACAGGAGAUAGUUGACUUUGUUGAGGGCAUGGGGAGAGGGAUAGCAGUUAUAGAGAACGGAGAUUGUACUGGGUGGGAGGAUGCGAGGAGAAUACGGGCUUUAACUGGCGCCCAUUCGGUUAUGGUCGCUCGCGCCGCGGAAUCUAAUCCAUCAUGUUUCUCUUCGACCCCUCUUCAAGACGUAGAAAGAACGCUUGUUCCUUCAUAUAUCCGUCUGGCCGAAUACCUGGACAACCAUUGGGGCCUCACGAAAUUCUGCGUGAACCAGUUUCAUGGCACUCACGUAGAUGUUCGAAAGGCUGAUUCCAAGGCUCUUCGUCAAGCUCUCUCGACAUCCAAGUCCUACGCAGAUUCUGUACUCAAGGAAGCCAUUAGCGACGAUGUCUCCGGGAAGGAAGAAUUCGAUAAAAUAGUCAAAGCAAUCGAGGCUAGAGAGUGUGGCCCUCGCAGACUUCUCCUCCCCGCUGAGACCGUUGUGCCCGUAGUUCCACCCGCGCCAGUAUCACAAGAUAAAUCGACGCACGGCGAGCCCGCUGAACUCGAUGGGGUCAUCGUCACGCCUCCUGGGACGCAAAACCCAGAUCCUCCAAGUUCUAAUGCGCCCAAGAUACCUGUGAAUGACCGCCUUGCUUAUAUUCCCGCCUUGGUGUCAGGCAUUGACCCGGCGACGCCUACGCCUGGUGGCGAUAUCGGAGGCUGA